AUGCCUUUGUAUGAAUUAAUAGCAAUUUGCAGAUGCUCCUAGGCAUAAGGUACAGCUGCUGCCAUUCGAUAGUUGUCAGUCACAAUUUUCUAAGGAGGUGGAAAUAUUAGAAAUGUGAGAAUUUUAGGAGAUAGAAUCAUGAGUAAACAAAUUAUAGGAAAUGAUGGAUUUAGACAUUUGAUAGGGAGAUACGUUUCAGUCUUAUAUGAUGGUCAUCCUAGCAAAUUUAGAGAGGUGUUAAAAGGAGGAGAUAAAUCCUUUGAAAUCUUUAGAUUAUAGCAUUAUCGCGUUAAGGACUUCAUUCCAGAGGCAGUAGGAUUUACAAAACCAUUUGAAGAAGAAGCACCUUUUGUGAAAAACAAGAGCGUUCAAUCUUAUGAUUAUGGAAGAGCAUUGCAAAUAUUGAGAGAAGAAAAGUAAAAAUUAUCCUGA